AGAAAUUAAUUGUUGAUCAUAUAUCGCGUUGUUGACAAACAAAACUAAAUGGAUAUUCCCAAAAGAUGCGUUCUGGUUUAAAUUAGUAUUAUGCUAAUCGUUUAUUUUAAAUGGCAGGCAAAUUAAACCAUAGUCGAGUGCUGCUUAUAAUUCAGGUCUGACAUUAGGCGUUUGAGUGGAAUCAAUACACAAGAUGAAAGAUCCCUUUGAAUUGAACCUACUGGAUGAAUAGCCUGGAGCCAGGCUUUAUUUUAUUUUUUUACCAAACGUUUGUUUUUGAAGGGUACGCGGACUAAAGCAGGCUGCACAAAACAAGAAGGACAACUAAACUCUGCAAGCGCCCUCAGUAAAUCAGUGGACAUCCAGGUGUGAGAGGACAAAUAAAAAAUGAAGCAUUUUCUCAAGGUGCUGAUGCAGUUCUUCCUGUAUGUUUGCUGUAAAUGUCUGUGGCGGUCUCUGAAGUUCGUUUUGCGGAAGGUUACAGGACGAUGUGAGCUGCAGCGAAUCUGCUACAACAAUAAGCCUGGUGCCCGAAGAACGCUGAAGAUAGAGUCUUCUCUUAAAUUCUCCAAGAGCGAGCUCUUGCAAAGUGCAGUGAGUGUCCAUCCUGAUGCUGUAGAGAAGACUAUAGAAGACAUCAUUACCUUGAAGAAGAUUAACCAAGAUACCAACCCCCAGCUGGGGAUAUCCCUGCAGGCCAGUCUCCUCCAGAUUGUUGGGUACAGGAACCUGGUGGUAGAAGUUGAGAAGCUUCGCAGAGAACCCUAUGAUUCGCAGAAUCCAGAGCAUGAGGAAAUCCUGCUAAAGCUGUGGAAGUUGCUGCGUCCUGAUGCUCCGCUCAAAGGUCGCAUUACAAAGCAGUGGUGCGAAAUUGGUUUCCAAGGCGAUGACCCUAAGACAGACUUCAGAGGGAUGGGCCUGCUUGGGUUACUGAACUUAGUCUACUUUGCAGAACAUGACAAUGCCACAGCCCUUCAAGUCCUUCAUGAUUCCCUUCAGCCAAAGUACAGCAAGAUGAGCAAACUUGAAUGGGAGAAGAAGAAGUUUGAUAAAGCCAUAGGCUACUCCUUUGCAAUAGUGGGCAUCAAUAUUACAGACUUGGCGCACACACUGCUUGUGAGUGGAGCUCUGAAGACACAUUUAUACAAUGUUGCUCCUGAAGCUUCAGCCCUUGCACACUUCCAGCAGACAUUUUGUUACUUAAUGCAAGAGUUUCACAAGUUCUGGACUGAAGAGGACCCCUGUGAUAUAAUGGAGUUUAACCGCAUCCGCAAAAAGUUUCACAAGCGCAUUCUGAAACAGCUCCGGAAUACAGACAUGGCAUUGUGCCCUCACUUUGCAGCGUCGGACCACUUAAUUAACAUGUAGACAUCCUUCAGUCACAUUUCAUCAGCAGUACUUCUCUCAUAACUCACUCACCCAUUUGGUUGGACCACAUUGAGCCUGCAGUCUUGAUCACCACCAGCACAUUUUAUGACUGAUUGUAUGCAUGCUGUUCUUUUUUGUGUUUGAUGGUUAUCUCCCAUGUUACUGCUUGCCACAGACACAUUGACAUGCAUUUCAAGUCACUUUUGAUUUUUUUUUUUACGGGUUUCUCAUUUAAAUCCGUGCACUUAUCGUACUUUGGCACCAUGCAGUGUUACCUUCAUGAAGUGUUCGUUAGAAGAAAUGUUUCUAUUUUUGUAAAUGUUUCUAUUUUUUCCAUACCAUCAACAUUUCUGAACUGUAAUUCUCUAGGCAUGCUUUUGUAAAACUCUGACUUUAAUGAUAGCUGUGUUUAGUCUUGUAAAGCCCUUUAAUUUCUUCCAGUUUUAAAAUCAUGUAUUUCUUAGAAACAGAGAACUUGGUUCCUGGUUCAUUUGUUAAAAAGCCUCAGGGUUUGCAUGCAGCAUACUGUAGUUGUAAGUAGUAAGGUAUCAACAAGAAACAUUUUUGCAAAGUAUUCAUGAGUGUUUAUUACUAUUGAUGUUUUUACACUAAACAACGUUUUGUUACACCGCUGUGACAGUCAGCCUUUAAUGGGAAUACCUCUUUUAAGCUUGCCUAGGUGUUGUAAAAAUGAAUUAAAAUAUAUAACAUGCUUUCCCAUUCACUAAAUGAUUUAGUAACAUCAUACAAAAGUAAAGACAAUCACCUUGAUAAUAGAAAUUGUUUUAAAUCAGUACAAGUAGUUGCUUUAUUAAAAUCCCAACAUGCAUGUACAUUUACCUUA